CUCUUGAAAGAUGACUUCCAGUUCAUCCUUUGUGAGGGCUGCCAGCAAGAAUCACCCAACCUCAAGCUCCUCACCUGCCUCCACACCUUGUGCCUGGGUUGCCUGAGCGAGAACAAGCCCAUCGGGCAGUGCCCCGUGUGCCGGACGGCCAUCCCACUAGCCAGUGGCAUCCCCGACAUGGACAACCUGCUCUUCACCAACCUGCAGGCCAGGCUCAAGCUCUACCAGAAGAUCGUUGAUGGAGUUGACUUGUUCUGCAACACCUGCAAGAAAGCUGGCAAGUUCUGGUGCUCCAAGUGUGAGGAAUUCCUCUGCACCAAGUGCUUCGAGGCCCACCAGCGCUACCUGAAGAGGGAGAGCCACAAAGCCAAGAGUGUGACAGACAUCAGGGCAGGAUCUGCUAAGGACUUCCUCAGGGACACCAGGAGGACUGGUAACUUGUCCUGCUCCAACCCAUCCCACAAGAGCCAGACUGUAAG